AUGGUUAGCCCAGGGACGUUAAAGUCGCUUUCCAGGGCAAUCAACUCUCAUAUCGCCAAUCUAUCCGUCCCUUUACCCGAGGAUCUUAUCGAAGCGAUCGACAGUUACCUCCACAAGCACGAAAAGCAUGAUGACUCGAGCUCCGAGAGACUCCAGGAGGAGCUUUUAUCGGUCUAUCAGAGAUACGUGAAGGACCGCCCAGAUCUCCUGGCUGGCUUCGUCGCGAUCUUGUCCCGGCUCGUGCCUAUGAUCCAAACGCCUGCGCGAAUUGGACAAUGGUGGGAUCUGCUAAAUGAUAAGGUGGAGGAGAAUUUCUCGACCGAGAAAGGGUUGAUGACAGAAUGCGCUUCGGCAGUGCAUGAUCUUUUGAAGUUGGAGGAUAUAGGCUCUGGUGUCGAGGGCAGCCACGUUGACUUCAACCCAUUCGCUGAGCGCCUACUUCGCACGUGGAUAGAGAAUUACCAGGCCAGCCCUGCCAAGAAGAAUGCCGAGCCUAUCGAGAGGUCUGCGCGAGAGUCGCUGAGAUAUUAUGGGAGGGGGAAACCCAAGGACUUCCUUGCCACCUUGGACAAGUUCUUCGUAAGAGCCGAGUACCGGAUCAAGAUAGCUACCCUGCUUUGCGACUUCAUCGGGCAGCAACCCCCUCACCUAUACCAAGUUUUGCAGACACCGUUAUUCAACAAUAUAUUGAAAUGCCUUCAGCUCGAUACGUCAACGACUGUCGUGUCGACAACUCUAACGGCGUUAACGAUGCUGUUACCUCAAAUGCCAAGCUCCCUCGUUCCGUAUCUACCGACUCUCUUCAAUAUCUAUGCUCGAUUGCUGUUCUGGCACAGAGAAAGGUCAAAUAGCCCUCACUACCCUGGUGAGCAGAGCAGCCGGAAACCCCUAAUCGACCCUUCCGGAUGGGACAUUUGUCAAUAUACACCAGAUUUGGAUGGCAACGAGAUCCCUCUCCUACGGUCUUAUUUCACUAUUCUUUAUGGGCUCUAUCCUAUCAAUUUUAUGGACUAUAUUCGAAAGCCACACCGCUACUUAAGACAUGCCAAUGCCCCUAACGCCGACGCAAUCGAGGUGCAGCCCAGUGAAAUCAGGCAUCAUUCGGAGAUCUUUCGCCGAGGCCAUCUGCUGCACCCAAACUUUUACCAUCUCACCAUCGAAUCCGAAAAGACAGACCACGGACGUUGGCAUUCCAGUGAACCAGCGGAAGUCGUUGCCGAGUGCGCGGCGUUGUGUGUCAUGGCCGAUGGCCCUACACACGAAGCAGCUCUGGGACAGCCGUCGGCUGUCAGGACCUCGAGUUUGUUUUCUAGAGAGGAUGGAGUCCUCCCGGAUACACCCAAUCGCGGGCUCUUGGGGGAUCAGAAUCUCGGCGAGACCGUUGAAUCAUCUUCUAGCAGCCACAAGGCGCUAACAGCCCAACGACACAGUUCUCUAUCAAGCCAACAAUCGCAAAAGGACUCGGUUGAUGCGCGACACCGAAGCCUCAGUGGGGCUGAUAGCCCGACGCUACCUCCUCAUCUUGCCAUUCCAAGCUCGCGCCCCCAAGUCCAAAAGCCCGCCAUCGGCCAGACCCUUACAAAUGAUAGCGUACCGUCACUAUCGCUCAGUCACCAAGACUCGAACUCCGAGAUUGCUCCUGUAGCCCCUCUCUCCCUCGGUGGCCCAAAACAAGGCGGCCAAGGGGGCUUUCUGGUUUUGGCUGGUGAUCCCAAUGCGCAGAUAUCGCAGCUACAUCGACAGGUCCUCUCGCUGCAAAACGACUUAGCCUUUGAGCGAUACCUGAAACAGCAACAUGUGGCCCACAUGGCGGAGCUGAGGCGACGCCAGAUGCAGGAAGCGGCUUCCGAGGCGGAGUUGCAGAAUCUCCUCAUUGCUAAUCGAAAUUUAAAGAGAGGUUUCGAGGAGGCGAGGAAGGCGGAGAUGCAAGUGAAGAAGGAAUCCGAGAAGAGUCGAAGCCUCGCCAAGAAGUGGGAGGCCGACCUAUCAGCGAAACUCAAAACUCUGCGCGAGGAGUCCAAGAAGACGAAGGCGAGGAUUGGAGAGUUGGAGCGGGAUCUCGAGGCGGCGAGGAAAGAGUGCGAUAAGCUCAAGACCCUGGUUUGCGAGUUCGAAGUUCGCGAACUUAACUGGAAGCAGAGCUCUCAGUCUCACGAACUCGACAAGACCGAAAUCGAUAGGUUAAAGGCCGAGGUGGCGAGACUGACUGUUGUCGAGCGAGACUUCCAGGGUAAGGAGGCUGAGAUGGAGCGAGCGGUCGAGGCGGCGUCCAACGCGGAGAGCCAGGUUGAGAUCCUAGAUCAGAAGCUCGCGGCGCAGGAACAUGCCCUUGAACAAGUCAAGAAACUCUACGAGUCGCAGAUCGUCGUGCUCAAAUCCAAGUUGGUCGAGACGCAAGAGAACAUGAACAAUGGGAAGAGAGCGUCGCCGGCAGCGAAUGCCGCUGUGGAGAGUGCACUGGCGGCUAGUCGGGCGAAGCAGGCCGAGCUGCAGAAGCAGUACAGCCUCCUUAUGCGUAAGUACACGAUCCUCCAGUCGUCCCUCCUCGACAUGAAAUGCGACCCGGCUAUGAACCCCGCCAAGGAGACGGGGAUGUGGUCGGAUGGCGACGGCGAGGGAUCCCCGCCCAUGUCUUCGAGUCCGACGCAGACCCGAUCGCGGACACAGCGCCAGUUCUCUAAUCCUGAUGCUUUUCCCGGUGGGGGCGCGUCAUUUAACGCGACACCUCCCCUCGAUCCGCGGGGCGCGGGUCAGUCCGCAGUGGGAAGUCCUCCGGGGGUGAGCACGCUGGCAGAGGGCGGCGUGGCGCUGCCGGUAAUGUCUCAGAGUCCCGAACUGCGGUUCCACGGUAGGGGUGGUGUCCAAAACCGGAUCCGCAAGGAGGGAAAGGACAAGAAGCCGCAGGAGGGCGACAAGAAGGAUAGGAAGGCGAGCGGCCUUAGAAACAUUAAAAAUCUUAUCUAA